AUGGACGACGAGACCGCCGAGAUUGAGCUUUUGGAGCAAAAUCUCAAUAAAACGCGUCAAAUAUCUCAGCGAAUGACCACAAUUCUCAACAGCUUUGAUACACGAAUUGCAAAGCUCGAAAAAUCAAUCCUCCCCCUCUACACUUCAACACAGAUCCUCAAUCGCCGUGCCAGCAACAUCGAGAAAGCUCUCAUAAAAAUUGAUGAGGUGGCCAGCAACCAGGAAGGAAUCGCCGCAGAAGAAGCCCUCAUUUUGCGCGGUCCCCAAACGGGUCAAUUUACCGUAUAUCAAGAAGCGCUAGAGCGUCUCAAUGCUUCGAUCGCGUUCAAGUCUGGGGAUCGAGAUUUACUGGAUACUGCGCGUUUAGUUGAGACCGGAGCGAAGAAGGUUACCCUGCUCUUCACCAAACUAGUGGCUGAAGCGUCGACGGGACCCACCCCAUCACCCAAUGCAGACAUAACAUCCGCCUCAUUCUCUUCCAAUGUCUUCGGCACCCUCAAGCCGGUCGUAGCCUUCAUACGUACCCUCCCGCUACCAGCCUCCCACCCAUCGCAUCCUGCAGCGCCUGCCAUCAUGUCAACUCUAAAGGACACUCAGAAAGGAUACGCUGAAAUGAGAGGAGUUUGGGCCAAAAAAUGCCUAGAGGCGCAAGGGAAGCGCGUUGUUGACAGAGCAGACACGAUCGACGCAACUACCGCGGGGAAAGAGUUUGGUCGUUGGGUUGAGUCGUUGCUCAGUGUUGCAGAUGAAGAAUACAGAUACUUGAAGGAGCUGAGCCCUCUCACCAGUCCAAACGUCAUCGCCUCCACCUACAACUCUCUUCUCAAUCCCAUUCUAGCACUUUUCAGCAACACUUUGACGUCUCUUGUCGGCUUCAUCAAGCAAUCUCUCCACAAACACUCGUUCCUUGCCCUCGCAUCAUAUGAAGCGUUACUUGCCAUCCAACCGCGAUGGGACACGCUUCUCACCCGACGUGGGUCAGAGAACGCGAAAGCGAACGAGCUCAAAGACGGUCUCACGACAUUGCGUUCCGUGUGCCUGCGUUCCUUCCCUGAGUUUUUGGCUGACAUCAAGAUGGCAACUCUGACCAAAGUUGCCCCAGGCGGAGACCUAAGCACUAUCGUUGCCGACUUUGUCGUUUCGAUGGUGAAAUACCUCGAUCGCUUGCCAGAAGUACAUGGUGCCGCUGGCGCUGCUUUGUUGCAACUGGGAGAUGGGAACUGGAAAAUGGGAGAGGGUGUGCAAGUCCAGAAAGGCCCUAAAUUAGGCGAUGGCGAUGAGCAAGUGAUCCUAGAGCACUUCAUUUACGAUGUUGUGUCUACUGCUCUUGCCAGUCUCAACACUAUUUCCCGAACCCAACGCCGCCCGGCGCAUGGGUCUAUAUACCUCCUCAACAACGUGUGCUAUCUUCGACAUAACCUUGUCAUGUCUCCGGCACACGACGAGCUUCUGGACUUCCUAAGCCGACCCACACAGGAACUACUAAACCAGAAUUUCCGCACUGCCAAAGCGGCUUACUUCGACGCCAAUUUCUCGCCAUUACUACAAACUCUGACGGACGAUCCGGGAAAGAGUGGAGGCAGCAGCGGACGAACAGCGGUGAAGGAAAAGUUCACUAAAUUCUAUGACCUUUUGGAGGAAGUCGUUGAACGCCAUCGUUCCGCCAAAAUGCUGGAAGACGAUCCGGAAGCGAGAGAGGGAAUCGGGGAAGAUGUCGUUAAGCUGGUUGUGCCGAGCUUAAUUCGCUUCACGAACAAAUAUCAACAGAAGGAAUUCAGCAAGAACAUCAAACAAUCCGCCGAGUCUGUUGAAGCACAAUUACGAGCAAUUUAUAGAUGA